ACAAGACGCCAAGGUUUUGCCCAUAUAUACUCGACCCCAGUUGCAGAGAAGGACCACUCUGACGAGCGCCCCUCUCCUUGCGCGGUCUCUCGACCACGGCGACUUACGUCAAUCCAUUCCCAACUCACGCUGAGCUUUUGGAAAUCCCAGCAAUGUAUCGCGAUGGUCAGCAUCGCAAAGCAACAGGAGGCUAUCAUGGACCCGCUGGCAACGGUCGUAGUGAGCGUGAAGAAGAACUUGCUGCUCAAUCAUCACGAGACCAUCACCAUGCCGCAUCACCUCCUUAUGGUCAUUCUUACGCCUCGCAGGGCGGAAUGAGUAUGCCGGGGCACGGGCACGGGCACGGGCACGGCCAUGGCUAUCCUGGUCCACCGCAUCACAGCCAGCCACCGCCACCCAUCUCUCCGGGAAGACGACCUCGAACCCCAACUUCUUCGUACCGGCCGUGGGACCCUGCGAACCAGUCAGGACCGAUGUCAGCUCCAUCCUCUGCUCCUCGCGUGCCGCCGGCUGGAAGCGCAGCAAAUCCUACUAGGGGACGCUCUGGACACUCUAGCCAAUUCGAUAGCGGCCAUCACGAUCAAAAUCAUGCUCGGAUAGCCAGCUGGAAUGCGCCGCCCUCGCAUGGAGGCCAUGCAAGCAGUGGUCCCCCACGCAGUGGCUAUGGCGGGCAUCGCGAACCAAGCUAUCACUCGCCAGUCGACACUCGCGCCGCCCUGCCAGCCGAGCCGUGGUCUAGCAGUAAUGCGCAAAGCUAUGGAAUGCGGAGAAGUGCAUCGCCACUCUUGCCUCGUGCGCGAAGAUCUCUUGACCAAGAUGGGCAUGGAAGAAAUGUUGGCGGAGAUGAAGCUCCAGCAGCUCCUCGGGGCGACCCCAUGAGCAUGAGUUCCAUUCUCGGACCUUCCGGUGGAUCGCGAGAGCGAGAUCGUGAUACGAGUCCCGGAAAGCACAGGCGUGCGGACGACCCCAGCCCCAGUCCGAGGACAUUGGCGGCGCAGGCUGGGGCAGAACCUGGACCGCCAAGGGCGUCUAGCGCCAUCACCAACGACAGUGCUGUGGCUGCACUGGCAAGGCGCAAGUGGAGCGGGCCUCUUGCCGAGGAAGCGCAACAGCAAGCAGCUGCUUGGCGAGCGCAAGAGAUGGGCAGAUUUGGCGGCGGGCAUGGUCGAACCCACUCUGGAGACAUGCGCUAUGCUGCGAGCCCAAAUUUCGCUUCCAAUAUGCCGCUUCCAUCUGCAGGAGGUCCUGGAGGUCGUUUUCCUCCGCAGCAGGGCCAUCCCGCUGCAACGCAAUCUAUCGGUCGACCACCUGCUGGCAGCCGACAGGGGAGCCCAAUUCAUGACAAGGGAGCGCCGAUAGGUUCGACGGGUGGCGCAGCUCCACACAAGCGGAAACGGGACCACGAGGGACUACCGUCACCACCACCUACACGCCAACCAGUGCCACCUUAUGGCAGCGGACCAGAACACUCUGACUAUCCUGCUCACCAUCAGCCUCGACCCAGUGCAAGCCCUGCAUUUGCUGGAGGCCCUCUUCCUCCCCCUCGAGCACCGGAUCCGCGGGCCUACCCAUAUGGACCGCCUCCUGCGUCGGGUCCGACACCACAGCCUUCGAAUCAGAGUGCUACCGCGCGACCUCGACCGCCCGCGCAGAACGUGUCUGGACCAGACACAUACGCUAACCAGCAGUCGAGGGCUGGUCCACCUUACAAUCCGUACGAUCAGCGCCAACGUCCUCCACCCGGCACUGCUGAGACCCACCCGGCGAACACGUUCCAGCACCACCUAGGCCACGCUGGCUACGCUCACGCGCAGCCGGGCGUGAACGAACCCUCGGGUGGGCAAAUGUACCCAGCCAAGCACUCUCCAACGAUCCAACACAGACAAGCUGGCGUUCACGAGCCAAUGCCACCAGCUGCAGGCCGAGGCGUACCAGCAGUGCCUCCGGGCCAAAAUCCGUAUCAGAGCAUGGCAUCUGGACAACUGCAGGAGAUGCCUCCGAGCGCACCUAAACGAGCUCCCGCGUCGCGGCCGCGCAAGUCUGGGACUCAGAAGCGCGUCAAGGCAGAGCAAGAGGCUCUCCAGCACGCAGGCAUGCUUGCACCACCUGGAAAUCUGCAGCAAGGUCAUGGUGUACCCCGGCCACUCAGCAUGUUGCCUCCACAAGGUAUCCAUGCGGAACAAGCUGCCGCCCAGCAUCAACAUCAGCAAGAGCAGCAGCGCCAUGAAGAGCACUUGCGCAGACAGCAGCAACAGGAGCACGAGCAGCAGCAACUUGCUGCCCAGGCUCACGCUCACGCUCAAGCCCAGGCACAGGCACAGGCACAGGCGCAAGCCCAGGCACAGGCACGAGUGCAAGCACAGGCACAAGCCAACGCUUAUGCACGGCCCUGGCUAGCCAGCACUGGGGGCCGCGUUUUUGACGAGUACAACUCGAAUAGCAGGUACGAGCCAGUGCUACGUCCAGCUAUUGGCUUGGCAGGAGGUCGCAAAGGUGGAGCUUCCGAAAGCGGCAGAGUGCCAACGCGCGAUUUUGAUGCUGGCCCUCGCGUUGACUCCGAAGCGGUCUGGGAGCACCUGGAAAAGGUGGAAGGGCGCUUACGUGACGAUUUCCUGCUUACUCCCGAGAACUUGAAGCACGGCGAUUACAACUCUGCUCUGCGCGAGAUUGGCGAACGCACCGCCAGCAGUGCCCCGAAGCCGCCGACGGCCGUCUCUGCUUCUGAGGCGAAGACUGGACCUCACGGAGCCAACACUGACACAGCCUCAGUCAAAGCGGCCCGCCAUCUCGGAAGCUGGAUUUACGAUCCAAAAAUCGACCCGCUACUUCCUGGUGAGCUUCUGGCUGCCAACGUUGGCUCGACUCUCGAAGUACGCAUCUCAGGCGCAUGGUUGGGGCCUGGUCCCACUCUAGACGAUGCUUCAUCGCGCGUUGGCGCAAACGGUAGACCAGACGCAGCAUCUAAGAGCGAGGAACAGUUGUCAGUGCGUCUUCCCGAAACGGGUCGCCACUCCUCCGCUGAACCAGCCAAUGCCAAGGACUUGCAAUUCGCAUCCAAUAUCGACAAAUGGCGCUUGGGCUGGAGAGGUCAAGAGCACUUUAGAAUGAUGCUGAAUGAGCGAGCAAACCUCAAGGGGGCGCGCGCUGCUGCAACGUUGCGCCACGUCGACCGGACGAUUGAGAGGGAAGAGACGACUGUGAAGGCUUCGUUCAAGGAGAAGGGGACCGAAAUAUUCUGGAGCCAGCAGGCCCUUCUGCGACGCCGUAUCUGGGGCACAGAUGUCUAUACCGAUGACUCUGACAUCGUCGCUAUGUGCACUCAUGCUGGAUGGAUCGACGGUCCGGCGCUCGACGACGUGCCUGGAUGGGUACCACCGGGCAAUGCCAUGUUCGCGUGGAAGGAAGCGCGACUCGCGAAAGAUGAAAACGACGACACCCAUAGUGGAGAGCCUGAGAGAGACGUGCGAGCCGCCAGCGCACCCCUUAAAGGCAUGGUCAAGCCCAACGUGCCGGCGCACGCGAGAUCCAGCACGACAUGCGAUCUGUCGGUCCAUCUUCGUGUUGGACCCCGCUUGAUUGCGUACAAGGGUAGCCAGCGCUCCGGCGUGCGGUCGCGUAGCUGGGGCAACACACAUGAUGGAGUGAGCCUCGUCAUCGAGAGCGUUGAGCUGAAGGAGGUGAGUAUGCAUGGGGCGCUGGCACAACGAUCAAGAUCUUUCAGCUGACCUUCGCUUAUGCAAAUUAUCAGCCUGGCUACGCAUCCUUACAACGGGGCGUGCGCGGAACAAAGAAGCGAAUCGAUCAUCUCGCAUCUCUCAAACUUCUUGCGGAUGUCGCUUCUCUGCCUGCAGAGGAACCACUCGGCUCGCUCAACGGGCACAACGCUGAGCACGAUACCGGGGCAGCACAAGCCACAGGUUCAGAGCCUGUAUCUCAACCUCUCACGGACACUAAAAAUGCAGGGCUGGCGCCCUUCGCGAAGCUCAUUUCCCUCGU